ACUGUGCAGAAUAUUAUGAGUAUUAUGCAAUUUGUGGUAGAGCUGAUAUGGGAUUACAUAGUGAUAGUUCUUAUGAAUAAAUGCAUGUAUAAGCUAACCUCUAUGUGGUCACUCAACCUGCUAGAAAUAGCAGCCACCUCAUCUACUACUUUACAAAAUGAAGGAUGUAUUGGUUAUGUAUGUUUUCACGCAAGAGGCGGUAUGCUUGAAACUAAAUCAGUUUCGAGUGAAGACACCAAAAUAUCUUCCCAUAUGUUGUCACCAGAAGACAUUGCUAAAUUAGAAAAAGAUCAGAAACUGGUGUCUGAAUUCAAACAAAAUAAAUUCGAAAGAGAUGCUUGCAAAAAUUGGGAUUUGUUUUAUAAACGGAACACGACAAAAUUUUUUAAAGACCGACAUUGGACAACUCGAGAAUUCAAAGACUUGUUAAAUGAAUCAGAUUCUGAUAAGAUAGCAUUGGAGGUUGGUUGUGGUGUUGGCAAUUUCUUGUUUCCACUACUACAAGAAACCAGUUUGUUCUUCUAUGCCUGUGACUUUUCGAAACGAGCUGUAGAAUUCGUUAAGCAAAAUGAAUAUUAUGAUGAGAAGAGAUGUAAAGUAUUUGAGUGUGAUAUAACUGAAGAUGAUUUGAUGUCCCACAUCCCAUCCCAGUCUGUUGAUAUUGUUUCAUUAAUUUUUGUUUUGUCAUCAAUCCAUCCUGAUAAGAUGCUUAAGUGUUUACAGAACAUAAAGAAGGUAAUCAAACCCGGUGGUUGUCUUCUAUUCCGAGAUUAUGGUCUCUAUGACCACGCCAUGUUACGUUUUGCACCUGGUCACAAAUUGGCAGAAAAUUUCUAUGUACGGCAAGAUGGCACUCGGGCAUAUUAUUUCUCAACAGAGUUUAUUGAACAUUUACUGUGUGAUGCUGGUUAUGAUAUUUGUCAACUCCAUUAUGUGAAACGGGAGACUGUCAAUAAGAAAGAAGGACUUUGUGUACCACGUAUAUUUGUACAAGGGAAGUUCAUGGUGACAACAUCUUGAAAUUUGUGUGUGUGUGUAGAGGGGUGUCUUUUUGUAUUUCUGCUCGGUCACAUCAUCUUAAAGUUCUCUGUGGGUGUAUAUAUCAUCAUCAUCAUCAUCAUCACAGCAACAUCCACUUUUCCAUGCUUCCAUGUGUCAGACAGAGUUUAUUGAGGCAGAUUUUCUACAGCUGGAUACCGUUCUUGUUGUCAACCCUCACUUGUUUUCAAGCAGGGUAAUAUUUACCCCCCAUGACCAAACAUGUUUUCACAGAAAUUUGGAAGUGAAUUACACGACUUGAAUGACGAUUAUUUACAGCUAUCAUGUGAUGUCAAGACAAGGAGACACAAAAAUACACUCACACACAACUCUGACCCCCCCCCCACCCGACUGAUCUUGGUCAGUGUUUGUGGACACUACGCAUGUUGUUGGUGAUCAUUCCCUUGAUGUGUAGGGAGAUGUGGUAACGGUCCAGCACCAUAUAUUAGAGGGCUUGCAUCGGUCAUUGUUAGGCUACCAUUGUCUUUCUAUGGCCCUUUCUAUUUGAAAAAAAAUUGUGUUUCUUUUGCGGUUAGGUGUAUGUUGUGUGUACAAAAAUAAACGAUAAGUUUUAAAAAAAUAAAAACCGAAAAAAAAAAAAAUCACAUGAAGAAUGAAAUUUUUUUUUUAAAGAACCAUGCAAUAAUUUCGAGCACUUUAUUCAGUUGUGGAAGGGUUGAUAUCUAAAUCUCAGUAUGUGGCCAAAGUGGUUUUCUAGGUGAUGGUGGUGUGAUGUCCUGUGUGAAUGGAUUGUAAUUAGUGCUAUUGGAAAACAAACUGUACAAAAUGUUCUUUCAUUGCUUUAAUAAAAUCCUUAAUUUAA